GAUGGGAGGACAGCUGAAUUCUGGUGACUACAACGAAAACUUGAAUGUUGGACUCAUCGUCUGCUGAGGAGCGUUGAAGUUCAUCAGGCCAUCAGGUCUGAAGAAAGUAAACAAACAGAGGACAAGAAGGAGGAGGAAGAGCGGUUGGCCAGAGGAAAAGAAAGAAGCAGCAGCUUAAGAGGGAGAAGGAGAUAAGAGGGGAGAGAGUGGGACAAACAGAAAAUGCCCACUAACUUCACUGUGGUUCCAGUGAAAGACGGCACUGGAAAGACGAGAGAGGGAAAUGAAGACGAAGAUCUGGAUGGGAUCAACGUGCUAAGAGAGGAAGAAGAUCCUACAGGUGAUGGCGUCCCAAAGGAAAACAGUCCCUUCAUCAACAACGCAGAAAAUGACAAGAACAAUUAUGAUGGCACUAACAUGGCACUGUUUGAGGAGGAGAUGGACAGGCACCCCAUGGUGUCAUCUCUUCUUGAUAAGCUGGCGAACUACACCAAUCUCUCCCAAGGAGCUCAUGAGCACGAGGAAGCUGAUGAAGAGGAGGGUACCAAGAAGAAAACCGUUAAGAGCCCUCAGAUGGGAACCUUCAUGGGUGUCUACCUCCCUUGCCUCCAGAACAUUCUGGGGGUCAUCCUGUUUCUACGCCUUACCUGGAUUGUUGGCACAGCCGGCAUCAUGGAGUCCCUGGCGAUCGUGGGCUUGUGCUGCUCAUGCACGAUGCUGACAGCAAUAUCCAUGAGUGCUAUUGCUACCAAUGGUGUUGUACCAGCUGGAGGCUCUUACUACAUGAUCUCCAGAUCUCUGGGUCCAGAGUUCGGCGGAGCAGUUGGUCUCUGUUUCUACCUUGGAACAACCUUUGCGGGUGCCAUGUACAUCCUGGGUACAAUUGAGAUUCUGCUGACCUAUAUUGUGCCUCAAGCAGCCGUCUUUAUUGCAGAGCGAAAGGAAGAUCAACUCGCCGCCCUGCUCAACAACAUGCGUAUCUAUGGCACGAUAUGCCUUUCGCUCAUGGCAGUAGUUGUCUUUGUCGGGGUCAAAUAUGUCAACAAACUGGCCCUGGUCUUCCUGGCUUGUGUGGUUCUCUCCAUCAUUUCCAUCUAUGCUGGAGUCUUCAAGUCCGGUUUUGAUCCACCGGAUUUUCCUGUCUGCAUGCUGGGGAACCGAACACUACAAAACCUUCAGUUUGACAAGUGUCUGAAGACGGAAAUCGUAAAUAACAAGACAGUUUCCACCCAGCUGUGGCUUUUGUUCUGUGAUGGCCCUGCGCUUGAUUCCAAGUGCAACGAGUAUUUUGUGAACAACAACCUGACACUAAUUCAAGGCAUCCCUGGCCUGGCCAGUGGGGUCAUCUCAGACAACAUGUGGUCGGCGUAUGGUCCACUUGGCAUGUUGGUCGAAAACAAGAGGCUGCCAUCCGUGGGAGAUAUCGACCCUGCUAAGGACAUCUACCUCCCCUAUGUUGUUAACGACAUCAGCACCUUCUUUACGUUGCUGGUCGGAAUCUACUUCCCCUCAGUCACUGGUAUCAUGGCCGGUUCAAACCGCUCCGGUGACCUGAGGGACGCCCAGAAAUCCAUCCCUAUUGGAACCAUCCUAGCUAUCGCCACCACUUCCUUUAUCUACGUCUCCGGUGUUAUUUUCUUUGGUGCCUGUAUCGAGGGAGUCCUUCUUCGAGACAAGUAUGGAGAUUCAGUGAAAAGGAACCUCGUUAUUGGCACCCUGUCCUGGCCGUCUCCCUGGGUGAUCGUGAUUGGCUCGUUCUUCUCCUGCUGCGGAGCGGGUCUGCAGAGCUUGACAGGCGCUCCUCGACUCCUGCAGGCUAUCGCAAGAGAUGGCAUCGUCCCUUUCCUGCGGGUGUUCGGUCAUGGGAAAGCUAACGGAGAACCCACCUGGGCUUUGCUGCUGACGGCUGGGAUCUGUGAGAUCGGCAUUCUCAUCGCCUCCCUGGACGCCGUAGCUCCCAUCCUUUCCAUGUUUUUCCUCAUGUGCUACAUGUUUGUCAACCUGGCCUGCGCUGUUCAGACCCUGCUACGAACACCCAACUGGAGGCCCCGUUUCAAAUACUACCACUGGACCCUGUCCUUCCUGGGGAUGACCUUGUGUCUUUCCAUCAUGUUCAUUUCAUCAUGGUAUUAUGCCAUUGUUGCCAUGGGGAUCGCUGGUUGCAUCUACAAAUACAUCGAAUAUCGAGGAGCUGAGAAAGAAUGGGGAGACGGCAUCCGUGGCCUGUCGCUUAACGCCGCCCGCUAUGCCCUUAUUCGCCUUGAGGAAACUCCUCCACACACCAAAAACUGGAGGCCCCAGUUGUUGGUGCUCCUGAACCUGGAUUCAGAUCUGGGUGUCAAACACUCACGUCUGCUGUCCUUAACUACUCAGCUGAAGGCAGGGAAAGGCCUGACUAUAGUGGGGAACGUUUUACAGGGAACCUACCUCACUCACGAAGCAGAGGCCAAGAAGGCUGAGCAGAACAUCAAAUCAGCGAUGGCCGCUGAGCGCACCAAGGGUUUCUGUCAUGUCGUGGUGUCUUCAAACCUCAGAGAUGGAAUCUCCCACCUCAUUCAGUCUGCAGGUUUGGGGGGCAUGAAACACAACAUGGUGCUGGUGGGCUGGCCUGGAACCUGGAAGCAGUCCGAGGACCCGCAGUCAUGGAGAAACUUUAUAGAGAUAGUGCGUGAGACCACGACAGCCCACCAGGCCAUGCUGGUAGCUAAAAACGUGGACAGUUUCCCCAGUAGCCGAGACCGCCUCGGGGAGGGCACCAUCGAUGUGUGGUGGGUGGUACAUGAUGGAGGCAUGCUGAUGCUGCUGCCCUUCCUGCUGAGACAGCACAAGGUGUGGGGGAUGUGCAAGAUGCGCAUCUUCACAGUUGCCCAGAUGGAUGACAAUAGUAUCCAAAUGAAGAAAGAUCUCCAGAUGUUCCUGUACCACCUGCGGCUGGAUGCUGAAGUGGAAGUGGUGGAGAUGCAUGACAAUGACAUCUCAGCCUUCACAUAUGAGAAGACGUUGGUGAUGGAGCAGAGGUCUCAAAUGCUGAAACAGAUGCACCUCUCCAAGACUGAGAGAGAAAGAGAGAUUCAGAGUAUCACUGAUGAGUCGCGUAACUCAAUCCGGAGGAAGAACCAGGGAGGUACCGAGAACUCAACUGUCAGCCGGCACUCCUCAACGACGGAGGACGCUCAGGAGGACGAGGCCCAGCUCAUCCACGACAAAAACACUGCUGCUCACGUCACUAUGAACAACAAGGAAGAAGCCGGACCCGACCGGGUGCACAUGACCUGGACGAAGGACAAGCUGUUAACAGAGCGGAACCGAACUCGGGAGCCCAACGCCAACAUGGCCGUCCGGGACCUGUUCAACAUGAAGCCAGAGUGGGAGAGUCUGAACCAGUCGAAUGUCCGCCGCAUGCACACAGCUGUCAAGCUGAAUGAGGUUGUGGUCAACAAGUCACAGGGAGCCCAUCUGGUUCUGCUCAACAUGCCAGGACCACCGAAGAACAGAGGAGGAGAUGAAAACUGUAUCCUUCCACCGGGUUUUCAUUAGCUAAGGAUCCCUGUG